AUGAGCUCCAUCUUACCAAAUCAUGGAUACCAAAUCUUAUCUGAAAUUGAUUCUGGAAAAUUCUCGCAUUGUUACCUCUGUAAGAGCCUCAAGUACGAAACAGAAUUUGUUUGUAAAGUUAUUCAUGCUCUUGAUAAAGAAUUAAAAGAAAAUUAUCGUGCUACAUUCAAACAGGAACUAACAGUACUUUCAAACUUCAUACAUCCAAAUAUUAUCGGUGUUUACGAUGCCUUCGAAGAAGGAGAUGAUUAUGUACUUGUUUUAGAAUAUUGCGAAAAUGGAACUCUUCAAGAUAAAGUCUCCAACAAUGCCACUCUUGAGCCCGAGCAAGUAAUAAAUUAUGCAAAGCAAAUAUUGAGUGCUCUCAGUUACAUGCAUGAUAAAAAUGUUGCUCAUCAUGAUGUGAAACCAUCAAAUAUUUUCAUUGACAAAUUUGGAAGAAUCAAAUUGGCUGAUUUUGGAAUAGCUCAAUCGUUUGCAGAGAACCAAUCCAAAUCAUGUAUUUUUGGUGGAACUGUGGCUUUUAUGGCACCCGAACAGUUCAAAAAGCUGCCAUACUCAGCUUUUCAGUCUGAUAUUUGGGCCUUUGGCGUAACUCUAUAUACCAUAGCUUUUGGAAGACUUCCAUUCUUUGGUCAUAAUGUUCAUGAAGUUAUAAGUAACAUUUGCACAGGAGUUUACUCAUUACCAAGCCAUUGUCCAAAAGAACUCAGAACAGUUUUCCAACACUCACUCGAUCCAAAUCCAGAAACAAGAUGGACAGCGAAGAAGCUUCUCGAAUCAUUAAAUAUGUCUACAAGCUAUUCCACACUAGUUAAACGUCCAAAAAUUUCCAAUCAAAAAUCAGUUCCAAACUCAUUAUGGCUUCAAAUGCCAAAUUUGGCUGCACCUCCUACUCAAUCCAAUCCUAAAACAAAGCCAACUCUUGUUAUUCCUAGAAGGACAAGAAGGAACUCUGGCUGUAUAUAA